AGCAACAAAAACAAAACUCUUUCGCCUCCGACAAAACAUGAUCAUUGGAGAAACUCGCCGCACGUACCCAACGGUGGAGAUACCUACAUGGCCCGUCUCCGAAGAUUUCACAAAGUCGGAGCUUUUCUCUCCGGCGAUGAGCAGCCCGGACUGCAGCAUGCUCGAAGCUUUAGCUGCGUUGCAACGUUAUCUCCCGUCAAACGAACCGGAUACGGAUCUAUUCGGUCCGGACUCUCCCGUCGACGCUUACUCCUGCGACCAUUUCCGCAUGUACGACUUCAAAGUCAGGAGGUGCGCUCGUGGCCGGAGCCACGACUGGACGGAGUGUCCGUACGCUCAUCCCGGAGAAAAGGCUCGCCGGAGAGAUCCGACGAAGUACAACUACUCCGGGACGGCUUGUCCCGAUUUUCGAAAAGGCGGUUGCAAGAAAGGGGACUCGUGCGAGUUUGCUCACGGAGUUUUCGAGUGCUGGCUUCAUCCCGCUCGUUACCGUACUCAGCCGUGCAAAGACGGAGGUAACUGCCGCCGGAGAGUUUGUUUCUUUGCUCACUCGCCUGAUCAGCUUAGGUGUCUCCAUAACCGGAGCCCCGACCAGGUUGAUUCCUUUGACGUAUCGUCUCCGGUUCGUAGAGCGUUUCAGCUCUCGGUUUCUUCUGUUUCUAGCUCGCCGCCGAUGAGCCCGAGGGCUGACUCGGAGACUCAGUCACUGAGUCACUCUGUCGUGUCGUCGUUUAGGAACUUGCAGUUUGAGAAGGUGAAGUCAUUUCCUUCGUCUUAUAAUAAUCCGUUAAGAUGCUACCAAUCCGGAUUCGGGUCGCCAAGAGGAUCCAUAUUGGGUCAUGGGUUUCAGAGUCUUCCUACAACCCCGAUCCGACCCGGAAGUAUGGAUAUUUGGGAUAAUGGUUUAGAGGAAGAGCCUGCUAUGGAGCGGGUCGUGGAGUCGGGUCGUGAGCUACGUGCAAAAAUGUUUGAGAAGCUGAGCAAGGAUAAUUGCAUGGAUCGGGUUGAACCGGAUCAGGAUCAGAACUCGGGUGAAGCUCCUGAUGUCGGGUGGGUAUCUGAGCUGUUGAUGUAAGAGAAAAAAAGCCCGACCCGUACCUGGAUAUCAAAAAUCUGAUUGAUAAGGCAGGAGAUCUAAAGGGUGUUCAUAUUAUUAUUUACUAAUUUCGUUUUAUCGGUAAUAAUAAUUAAAUAUGGAUUUUUGUGGAGGA